AUGUCCUUGCUCCCACGCUUCAGCACCACAGCCUCUCUUGAGGAGAACAUGAGGCUUCGACUGACACACCUUGUAGGAGAACUUCCUGCUGUCAGUACACGCAGUGCUGAGGAGAAGAUUGAGCUCGAGUUUGCCAAUAUCGCUGGUGCAGAAGCAUGGGUACGUGAGCGGCAGAUAGAGAUGAAGUGGAAUGUGGAUCGCGGUCGAAAUGUUGAUCCAAAUAAGGCCCGAAAGGCCAAAAAGGCUGCCAAGCCAUAUGAUUCAACUGCACCUCAACGUGGGGGUGGUCCUAAGAAGAAGUAUGAGUGGACGGAGAGGUAUCAGUGUGGACACGCAGAUACAUUUUGUGAUGAACGUGAUAAGGAAGUUAUUGACGGGGAUGUAGUCAAAGUGGAGUGUCAGCCAGAUCAUAAUGGUCAUAGUGCUGGUACAGUUGGUGAUAUGGCACGGUCAAUGGUGACGGUUUCUGUCAAACAAUGGAUUGAAGAGAGGGUUGGUAGCGGGACGAACUGGAGCGGUAUCAAGAAGCUCCUUCGUCUUGAUGCACUCGACAAUGGCAGCUGUGCCAAUAUUCCAGAAUCCCUUUCUGUUCUUCACCAAGAUGUGUAUAAUGCACUUCGGUGUCGGAUGCAGCGGACCGCACAGCUUAGCCCUGAUGGUGAUCAGAGCCUUCAAAUGUGGAAGUCUCGCUUAGAGGCCCGUGGUUAUGCGGUUAUCUACCAGAAGAACAAGAAGACGGGCAAGGGUAUACCGGCUGCCUUUAUGGUAAUGCCUAGCGAGGCUCAAUAUGCCAUCUAUGAUUGGCUUAGCUGGCUUAGUUCUGUCUGCAAAUUCAAGUGCAAGACAUGGAUGAUUGACUGCUCUGACACUGAAAGUGCGGCAAUAUCUAACACUAUUCCCGAUGCAAAGAUACUUGCUUGUCUGUGGCAUGUGCUUGGGGCUGUUGCCAAACAAGCAAAGGAGAAAUUGUCUGCAGGUGCUGGUCAGUCCAAAGCAGCUAUUGAUGCAAAUCAAAAGUUGUGUGCGAAGGCGAUGUCAGACUUCAAGGCACUUGUUCGAUGUGAGUCAGAGGAAUAUUUUGAUGGUGCAUGGGAGGUCUUCCUGGAGCAGUGGAAGGAUCACCCUAUUUGGGUGAAGUAUGUUUCCUCAGAGUGGCUUCCGAAGACGACUCAGUGGUCACAGGCAUGGUGUAAGGACAUCUCCCGAUUCAAUAUUAAUACCAACAACUAUAUUGAAUCAUGGCACUUGCUCCUCAAACUUGACUAUCUGAGGCUCAUGCGUAAGCAACGUGUUGACAUCCUUAUCUAUAUCCUUGUCGAUGAGGUUGAGUUGGAUCUGCGACGGGAGGAGGUCCAGAUCACUCUUGGAUUUGAUGCUUCACGCCUGCAGAAGAGUGAGAAGGCUGCUCAUCGACUUGCCUAUGCUAUUGAGAUUGGAGAGCUGGAAGCAAUGAUUGAGAAUUGUGAGGAUGGUACUGACAAGACACCCAAUAUCAUGGUUCAGUUCUUCUCACGUGAUGAAGAGACUUGGUAUGAGAUCCAGGUCCAAGACAUCAAGUACGGUGCUGAAUAUUAUGCUGUGAUUGUGGCCUGUGACUGUCCAGCCUACAAGCUUCAUCAGCUCAAGUGCAAGCACAUGUUUCUGGCUGGCCACCUUACGGGUCUAUCUCUUGCCUUCAGGGCCUCCUCUCCAUCAACACCGCUACCUCUCCAACCACCGCUGGCCACCUCAGUCACCACUGACCAAGUUCUUGCAAUCAAAGAAGCUGGAUGUAGCCAAAUUGUAGAAGAGGAGCGGAAGAUCGGAGAUCUUGUUGGAAAGCUUAGAAGGGGCUAUAUGCAAUUAUGUUGA